AUGUCUCUACCCACGUGGCUCGAUGGCGACGGCGACGGCGACGGCGACGGCGAUGUUGACGACGGUAUCUGUUCCGUGAUAUCGACAUCACCGGAUCUCGGCGCCGCCACAUCCACCAGUAAACUGUGGCACGACGAUGCCGACGAUGCCGACGAUGAUUUCGAACGCUUCUCUCUUGACGCCGACGCCGACGACAACUUCGAGGACGGCGGCAUCAGCGUCGGUUCGAAUCACUCCUGUGGUUACUCAAUAUCAGUUACCCCCAGCGCAUACGAGGAUGAGCUGGCACAUGGUCGACGAUAUCACGGCUUCCGGAAAGGCCGCUACCCGUUGCCUAAUGACGACUUGGAGCAGAGGAGGGAAGAAACAAACCAUGCCCUGAUGCUCGAGCUCACUGGCGGGCGACUUUUCUAUUCAGACAUCGGUAACUACCCUCAAAAAAUUAUCGAUAUCGGGACUGGGACUGGGUCAUGGGCGAUAGACGUGGCCGACCAGUACCCCAGUGCUAGUAUAGUGGGGACUGAUUUGUCUCCAAUUCAACCACAAUGGGUGCCCGUCAACGUACGAAUGUAUGUUGAUGAUUGCGAAGAACCCGACUGGCUUCACGGGUCCAACUUUGAUCUGGUGCAUUUCCGAGGAAUGGCUGGUACGUUACGAGACUUGGACAGGCUGCUCCAGAGAACAUAUCGUCAUGUGAAAGAUGGUGGCUGGGUAGAGUUUCAAGAGUUUAUUCCUCAGAUAUUGUGCGACGACGGGACGAUGAGCGAGGAGGACCCGUUGCGCACCUUUUUCGACGCUUCCGCGCAGGGACUACGCACGUUUGGGGGAGAGCCCCUCAAGGGGCUGAAACUCGAGGAAUCGCUUGUCGAGGCGGGAUUCACAAACAUCCAUGUGAUUACGAAAAAGGUGCCCAUUGCCGCCUGGCCAAGAGACAAGCACUUGAAGGCAGUGGGCAUGUUCACCAGGGCAGUGAUUCUGGACUCGCUCGGGGCGUUUGCAGCCAAGCCCUUGGCAGCCUUGGGGAUAUCGGCGGAAGAUCGGCUGGCGCUGGUGACGCAGGUCAGACAGAGUUUGAACGACAGAAGGAUACAUCGUUACAUGAAGUGCGUCUUCUGUUACGGGCAGAAGCAGGGGACGACCGUGUAA